AUGGUGUCGACAUCAGCUAAACUGAAACAUCUGUCGUCUCUUGCGGCUAUCAUCGAGGGAAAGUUAACGGAGCAAUUCGGGUUCCGUCUGAAAGACACGAGCUUCGACAAUGUGGUCAACUACAUGUACGCGCCCAAAGACUCCGCCAGUUUGGCGGUCACUAGGAUCUUGUUCGGUGUUCUCAUGCUGCUGGACAUCCCGGACGAGCGCGGGGGUGCGGCGUUGUCGCGGCGGUGGGGGGCGGGCUGUCGGUUCCCGCUGCUGCCCGCACUGACCGCGAUACCGCUGCCGUACAUGGCGCUGGUAUAUGCUGCCCUCUGGCUCGGAGCAUUCGGCAUAGCGCUUGGCUACAAGUACCGCAUCAGCUGCAUCACAUUCACUGUCUGCUACUGGUACCUGUUCCUCAUAGAGAAGAGCUACUGGAACAAUCACAGCUACCUGUUUGGGCUGGUCGCGACGUUACUCACUACGACUGACGCUGGCCGCCGCUGGUCCCUAGAUGUAUACUUGGAUCCUUCUAAGCUGAAGAGGACAGUUCCAUACUGGAACUACUUCGUCCUGAAGUAUCAGUUCUUCAUCUUGUACUUCAUGGCAGGGCUGAAGAAGGGCACAGCGGAAUGGCUGACAGGGUACUCGGUGCAGAAGCUCAGUGAGCACUGGGUUUUUAGUCCCUUCAGGCUAUUCCUGACAGUGGACCAGACGGACUAUCUCAUCGUCCACUGGUUCAUAUUCGUGUUUGACCUGACUGUGGCUUUUUGGAUGAUGUGGGGCAAAAGCCGUCCCGUCGCCAUGGUCUUCUGCGCGUUAUUCCAUUUAAUGAACAGCAGACUUUUCACUAUUGGUAUGUUCCCGUGGGUGUGUCUAGCUACAAUGCCAUUAUUUUGUCCGUUCGAUUGGCCGAUAACUCUCAACAACAAGAUAAGGGAUGUGACUUUGGAGAUCAACAAAUACGUUCCGAAAAUAAUCUGUCGUAAAGUAAACGAAGAUUUAGAGCCAACAAAAUUAAUAUACGAUGAUUCUAAAUCAUCAGAACAAGAAUAUAAGCCUGUUGAAGAAUCAAAUAAAAUAAAUAAAUCUCUCAAAAAGAAAUCAGAUAAUUCGGCAAAGAAUAACGCAGAAAACAAUGAAGAAGAGCCAAAACAAGACGGUGUACCUAAAAACGAGAGUUUAAAUGGAAAUGGAACUAACAAAGUUGAAGUAGCAAGUUAUACUUAUUCAAGAAAAGUAGUAGUAUGUCUGAUAGGUUUAUACGUAUUUAUACAAGCCUUCUUGCCGUAUUCACAUUUUAUAACAAAGGGUUACAACAACUGGACUAACGGACUUUAUGGCUACUCCUGGGACAUGAUGGUACAGACAUGGGAUAUCGAUUCUGUAGUCGUCAAAAUAAUCGAUAACGAGAGCCAGGAGGAGCUGUUUAUCGAUCCUUACGCGUACACCCCUAACGAUCGAUGGACGAGGCAUGGCGACAUGGUAUUGCAGUACGCAGCCUGCGUGAGAGACAAGUUGAAAACAUCGAUUGAUUAUCGAUAUUCUGAAGGAGCUUUGGAAAAUCCACACUCGGAACCGAUGAAUAUAUCGAUUUAUAUCGAUGUCUGGUGCUCCAUGAAUGGCCGCUUCACGCAACGCAUGUUUAAUCCUAAUGUGGAUCUGCUAAAAGUCGAUUGGUGUCCGUUUAAGCCUAUAACAUUUUUGAUGCCGUUGAUUGAUGAAGGGUUACAUUGGAGGGAAACCCUAAAAACAAUAAAGGAGGAUAUACAAGCCUAUGACAAUGCAACAGAUGUCAUCUUUAUAGCUGACUUUCCAGGAUACAAACAAGAAAAGUACACACCCACCGACUUAGAUAAUGUUACGCUGACAGUCAUGAGCGGACUUAUAGCUUAUGAGCUGGAGGAAUCUGAAAUUUCUCAAGGCCAGUCCUAUGUACACAUGGUUGGAGACGAAAUAAGAAUAGUACCUGGUACAUUUCAUAAAGUACUUAACAUUGGUAAUGAAACUGCAUUUUACAUGUACACAUUUAAAAACCUAACUGAGAUUAACACACCAAAAAAUAACACAAAUAAGCCAAAAUUGCCGAUUCACAAAGAAUUGUGCAGAAGAUUUAAAGACAUGUUUGUAUUUGGAAGAAUUGUAUCAACAAGUACCUUUCAUAUUGUAUUUGGCACCCCAAUAUAUUAUGAGUAAA